UUGAAUGUCAGCUAUGAAGAAGCAUUGUUUACCUCGUCUAGUGGGACUCUCAUUCACUUGAAGUGCCACUUUUGUUAUCUUGUGAAGAAGCAGCGCUCAAUUUUCUCGUAUUUUUGUUUGUUUAAAAAACAAUGAAUUAAAUUAAUAAUUAAAUAAAGAGUUGAUCGCAAAAUCUCUGAAAAGACAUGUUUUCCGUGUGUAAACAAUCUCACCCAGCCACUGGUGUGGAAUUUGCAAUAACUUGCCGGUUCUUUAACAAUGUCGAUGAAAAUGUGGUUGUUGCCGGUGCCAACAUCCUCAAGGUAUAUCGAAUUAUACCCAAUUUAGAUGUAUCACAGCGUCAUUCGAAAAUAAAUCCCAAUGAGUUACGAAAUCCUCCCAAAAUGCGUUUGGAGUGUUUGGCCUCCUAUACCCUGUAUGGUAAUGUCAUGUCGUUGCAAAGUGUUACUCUGACAGGAUCAAUGCGAGAUGCUCUGUUGAUUAGCUUUAAGGAUGCCAAAUUAUCCGUGGUACAACACGAUCCAGAUACGUAUGCCUUGAAAACUCUCUCGUUGCAUUACUUUGAGGAGGAAGACAUUAAGGAUGGUUGGACGGGUAGAUAUUACAUACCCAUGGUACGAGUUGAUCCUGAUGCUCGCUGUGCCGUGAUGUUGGUGUACGGCAAACGUUUGGUGGUGCUACCAUUUCGCAAAGAAAACGGCAUCGAUGAAAUUGAAUUGGCCGAUGUGAAACCGAUUAAAAAGGCAGCGACAGCAAUUAUGUCUCGGACACCGAUUUUGGCUUCGUAUUUGAUAGCUCUACGUGAUUUGGAUGAGAAAAUUGACAAUGUUUUGGAUUUACAAUUUCUGCAUGGUUACUAUGAGCCGACAUUGCUGAUUUUGUAUGAGCCGGUAAGGACCUUUACGGGCAGGGUGGCCGUACGCUCCGAUACCUGUGUUUUGGUGGCCAUUUCCCUGAAUAUCCAGCAGAGAGUUCACCCUAUUAUAUGGACCGUGACGGGAUUGCCGUUCGAUUGUUUACAAGUAUUCCCGAUACAAAAGCCCAUUGGAGGUUGUUUGGUGACCACCGUCAAUGCCAUAAUUUAUUUAAAUCAAAGUGUCCCACCCUAUGGAGUGUCGUUGAACAGUUCGGCGGAUCAUAGUACCAGUUUUCCUUUAAAACCUCAGGAUGGUGUGCGCAUUAGUUUGGAUGCUGCCAAUAUUGCCUUCAUUGAUGUGGACAAACUGGUGGUGUCUUUGCGAACGGGUGAUUUGUAUGUGGUAACAUUGUGUGUGGAUUCGAUGAGAACUGUUCGGAAUUUCCAUUUCCACAAGGCUGCGGCAAGUGUCUUGACCAGCUGCAUGUGUGUGUGCCAAAGUGAAUAUUUAUUUUUGGGUUCACGUUUGGGCAAUUCCCUGUUGCUGCAUUUUACCGAAGAAGAUCAAAGUACGGUUAUUACUCUGGACGAAUAUGAUGGUACAGAUGGCAGUGGGGGAGGUGGCGGCGGAGGAGGAGCAGGAGAUGAAAAUCGCAAGGCCAGGCGCAUUGAAGAUGAAGAACUUGAGGUGUAUGGUUCGGGGGCCAAGACCUCUGUACAAUUGAGAAAAUAUAUUUUCGAGGUUUGCGAUAGCUUGCUGAAUGUGGGCCCCAUUAAUUUCAUGUGUGCCGGAGAGCGUGUGGAGUUCGAAGAAGGAGGUACCACGUUAAAGCCCCAGGCCAGUCAGUUGGCGGAUUUGAAAAUCGAUAUUGUGGCCUCGGUGGGCCAUAGCAAAAAUGGGGCCCUUUGUGUCUUUGCCAAUUGCAUUAAUCCCCAGGUGAUUACCUCCUUUGAAUUGGAUGGCUGCUUGGAUGUUUGGACGGUAUUCGAUGAUGUUAGUCGAAAAAUGAGCCACCAUGACCAUCAUGACUUUAUGAUUCUGUCACAAAAAACCUCUACUUUGGUCCUGCAGACGGGUGAGGAGAUCAAUGAAAUUGAAAACACGGGCUUUAGCUACAAUCAGCCCACCAUUUUUGUGGGGAAUUUGGGACAAAAUCGUUUCAUUGUCCAGGUUACAACCCGUUCGGUACGUCUGUUGCAAGGGAAACGUUUGAUACAAAAUGUACCCAUAGACGAGGGAGCUCCCGUGGUUCAGGUGUCCAUUGCCGAUCCCUAUGUCUGCCUAAGGGUGUUGCAUGGCAAAGUCAUUACGUUAGCUUUGCGCGAAACCAAGGGCACACCUCGCCUGGCCAUUAAUAAAAACACCAUCAGCAGUGUUCCAGCGGUCAUUUCUUUGUCGGCUUACAAGGAUCUUUCGGGACUAUUUACCACGAAAUCCGAUGAUGUUUUGAAUUUGACGGGUGGCAGUGGCAACUCCCUUUAUGCCGGCCUGGGUUACAUGAAGGCCGAGCCAAACAUGAAAAUUGAAGAUGAAGAAGAUUUGCUUUAUGGUGAAUCCGGAAAUGCCUUCAAAAUGAACAGCAUGGCCGAUCUGGCCAAACAGUCGAGGCAAAAGAAUUCCGAUUGGUGGCGUAGAUUGCUGUUGCCGGUAAAAUCCACCUAUUGGUUGGUGGUGGGCCGUGAAAGUGGCACCUUGGAGAUAUAUUCCAUGCCGGAUAUGAAGUUGGUGUAUCUCGUCAAUGAUAUUGGCAAUGGCGAUAUUAUACUCACGGAUUCCAUGGAGUUUGUGCCGGCAAAUCUCAACCAGCCGGAUAAUAAGCAAGGUAUUCUACUGAAUUGCAUGCCCCAGCAUACCAACUCCCCGUUGCCCUUAGAAGUGGCUUUGGUUGGUUUGGGUUAUCAGGGAAAUAGACCGCUGUUGAUGAUACGCACCCGUUUGGAGUUACUAAUUUAUCAGGCCUAUCGCUAUGCCAAGGGUCACAUGAAGGUGCGAUUUAAAAAAUUAAAUAGCCUCAAUAUGAGGGAUGACAGCGGCGGCGAUCAAACCAUGGAAAUUGAUGAUGAUAGUUCGGAACUGGAAUCGUAUAAUCUUCAAGAACGCUAUAUCAACCGGUUGAGAUACUUUUCAAAUAUCUCCGGUUUGAACGGAGUCGUGGUGUGUGGCCCAAAUCCCUAUUUUAUUUUUCUCACCGGCAAGGGGGAGUUACGGACCCACAAGUACACCAAUGGUCAUUUGAGGAGUUUUGCCCCCUUUAACAAUGUCAACUGUCCACAGGGUUUUCUGAGCUUUGAUACCAGCUACGACCUGAAGAUUUGUAUUUUACCUCCCUACCUGAGCUAUGAUUCUCCCUGGCCGGCACGUAAGGUACCGCUGCGUUGCACCCCCAAACAAAUUGUCUAUCAUCGAGAGAAUCGGGUCUAUUGUUUAAUUACCCAAACAGAGGAGCAAACAAAUAAAUAUUUCCGUUUUAAUGGCGAAGACAAGGAGCUGACGGAGGAGAAUAAGGGUGAACGUUUCAUAUACCCCACCAUGUCAAAGUUCACCAUGGUCUUGAUGAGUCCAGAGACGUGGGAAAUUGUGCCGGAUGCCUCGAUUGAAUUUGAAAACUGGGAACAUGUGACGGCUUUUAAAAUUGUCAAAUUGGCCUAUGAGGGUACCCGGUCCGGUCUAAAGGAAUACCUUUGCAUUGGUACGAAUUUCAAUUACAGUGAAGACAUAACAUCGAGAGGAAAUAUUCACAUCUAUGACAUCAUCGAAGUGGUACCCGAACCGGGCAAACCUCUGACGAAAUUUAAGUUAAAAGAAAUAUUCAAAAAAGAACAAAAGGGUCCGGUGUCGGCCAUUUCCGAUGUUUUGGGUUUCUUGGUCACGGCCUUUGGCCAGAAAAUCUAUCUAUGGCAGCUGACCGAUGAUGAUUUGAUUGGUGUGGCCUUUAUUGACACCAACAUCUAUGUGCACGAAAUUAUAUCCAUCAAAUCCCUGAUACUGAUAGCAGAUGUUUAUAAGUCUGUGAGUGUUCUACGGUUCCAGGAAGAGUUUAGGACAUUGUCGCUGGCUUCGCGAGACUUUUACCCCCUUGAGGUAUUUGGCAUUGAGUUUAUGGUGGACAACACAAAUCUGGCAUUUUUGGUUAGCGAUGCGGAAAAGAAUUUCAUUGUUUACAUGUACCAGCCGGAGGUGCGGGAGUCAAUUGGAGGCCAAAAGCUGUUACGCAAAGGAGACUAUCACUUGGGCCAGACCGUCAAUACCAUGUUCAGGGUACAAUGCCAUCAGCGGGGUCCUGUGCAACGUCAACCCUUUACCUAUGAGAACAAACAUUUUGUCGUUUAUGGCACCUUGGAUGGUGGCAUGGGUUAUUGUUUACCCCUACCCGAGAAAGUUUAUCGUCGCUUUUUGAUGUUGCAAAACGUUAUGCUGUCGUACCAGGAGCAUUUAUGCGGUCUAAAUCCCAAAGAAUUCCGAACAAUAAAAAUGGCCAAAAAGCUGUCGAUAAAUCCAAGUCGUUGCAUCAUUGAUGGCGAUCUGAUAUGGUCAUUUGCCAAUAUGACAGUGGCCGAACGGAAUGAAGUAGCCAAGAAAAUUGGCUGCAAGACAGAGGAUAUUCUGCAGGAUCUAUUGGAAAUUGAGAGAAUAACAACAGUGUUUUGAAAUAAUUUUUUACACACAACAAAUACUAUUAGUUUAGUAGUUAAGAUCUGGCUGGAGCCAGCCAAAAAUCAAUAAAAAUCUUUAUAUUGUAUACAUUCAAUACAAUCUUGUGGGGUGUGGAGUA